GUGAUUGGGCUUCGCUCCUGCUGUUACCUAACCGACUGAGAUUGCUUGGUAAUUCCUGAGCAGAAACAAGGAACCUUUACUCUGGUGAGCUAAAGCAUUAAAGGAGCACUGUUAGAACGUUACCCAGCGUAAAUUGGUGUAUGUAUUUUGGCCUCUUUAACUGACCCUGUUCUUUUCAAAGUACAAAGCCAGCUCUGCUUUGGUGGAUGUGAACCCCAGUCCCUGUCUUCCAAAGGUAAUAUACUACCCUUGUCUACAGUAGCUCAGAAUUUGGCUGAAGUGAUCUUACUGAUCUUGCAGACAGCACCUGUGGAUAACUGAAAUCACAUCUUUACAUCAUUCAUGCUGUUCUGCUGCUGGCAUUUCUGUUCAGACUGUGAAAACAUCCUGAUUUGGGUUUGCUGGGGCUGAGUCUGGUCAGUUACUCUCCAAAAAUAACAGCACUCUUUGCUUUACCUGGAGCCUUUCACUUUGCAGAGCUCAAAUGGUUCUGAAGAGUAGGUUUUGCUGUCUCUGCUGUUGUAGGAAAAAAAGAACUCAGUAACUGUAGCUCUUACAGACAUCUGAGCUGGUUUUAAGCAGUGUGCUGGCUUAACUGUGGAGGCAUCUAUUCUUGCUUGCCUUUCCCUGUAAGACAGGGGAACAGAACUGAAACAAGGAGUUCUGUGAGUCAUAGAACUUAAGAACAUCUGAUACUGCACUUCUUUCAAUUCCCUGAAAUGUCUGAGUUCUGUAGUCAUGAUCACUCCAUGGUCACCAAUGCAUAGAGUCACAGAAUCAUUAAGGUUGGAAAAGAACUCUAAUAUAAUGAAGUCCAAAUGUAAAUCCAUCCCCACCAAGGCCCUCAGUGCCAAAGCUGCCCUUUCUUGAACCCCUCCAGGGUCUGGGACUCCACCACUUCCCUGGACAUCUUCAUUGUGAUGUGUUUGUAAAUCCCACAAAACUGGUAAGAACUAUAAAACUAUAAGACUUCUUCACUGCUCUCAAAUAUAGCCAGAACAGGGGGGUACAAAGUAACAGGAAGAAGGUUGAAUGGACAGUUGGGAUCGUGUGUCUAUAUGUGCCUCGUUUUCUUAAGAAAUGUGGUUAAAAUCUUGUUUACAGUAAAAGCAUAGUAUUAAAUAUUGGUCAAAAAUAAUUGAUUGUUGUUUUUACACUUGUCCAAUACGCAGGACUUGGUGCAGGGCAGGGAGGAGCUGUGCUGAAGGAGUUUCAUUGCCUUUGGUGUGUUUAGGUCUGGAGAAGACUGGAUGCUUUGGGAGCCUCUUAGCAGCUGCCAGCACUGUGCCACAGCUGCUGCAGAGUGAUUGGUUCAGACAAGGAUGUUGGGUCCCACAUAAGGAGUUGGCAUAUCAGGUCUGAAUGAGCAUCCUCCAGAGAAGUGUCAUGCUUAAUUUUACUGGCUUGUGAUGUGGAAGAAUGAUGUGUAUUAACAGCAUCCUGCCAUCUGUAAGAAAAUGUGCUGUAGGCCCGUCAGAAGGUUCUGUUGUUUAUUUAUAUUCAGUCCCAGCUGAUGCCUCAAACCCAGACAGUGUUGUAGUGUCAGUGUUAAACAUCAGUGCUACCCGGGGCUCACAGGCUGUCCUGCCAUGCAAGAGUUACCGCAUGGUGUGGACUCAGGACCGUCUGAAUGACCGCCAACGUGUGGUGCACUGGGAUGUGUACAGCACCUACUAUGGAGAUAACAAGAUGGAGAGGCUGUGUGACAUGUACUCAGCAGGAGAUCAGCGUGUCUACAGCUCCUACAACCAAGGGAGGAUAUUAAUGCCCCAGAAUGCAUUUACAGAUGGCAACUUCUCACUGGUGAUCAAAGAUGUUGCAGAGAGUGAUGCAGGUAUAUAUUCGUGUAAUCUCCACCAUCACUACUGCCACUUAUAUGAAACUGUGAAAAUUCAACUAGAUAUCACUAAGAAAGCCAAAGCAGCAAAAGAGUACUGGGAUGGAGAGAAGGCUGUGAUUGUUGCUUUGGAAGGCAGUACUGUGAUGCUCCCUUGUGUCAACCGGAACCACAUCUGGACCGAACGGCACAGUGAAGAGGAGCAGCAAGUGGUCCAUUGGGACAGGCAGCCCCCAGGGGUUCCCCACGACCGCGCUGACCGCCUCAUUGACCUGUACGCCUCUGGUGAGCGCCGCUCGUAUGGGCCUCUCUUCAUUCGGCAGAAGAUGAACAUCACUGACACAGCCUUUGCCCUGGGUGACUUUUCCCUGCGAAUUUCUGAGCUGGAAAAUGCGGAUGAAGGCACUUAUUCCUGCCACCUGCACCACCAUUACUGCGGUCUGCAUGAGCGCAGGAUCUACCAGGUCUUUGUGACAGAGCCAGUGAGAGAGAAGAAGGUGGUGAACCUCACAACCCACAACACUGCCCCGGCCGUAGAUCCAAAUGUUGUCAGGGGGCACAAUGUGAUAAAUGUCAUCAUCCCUGAGAGCCGCAUCCACUUCUUCCAGCAGCUGGGCUACGUCCUGGCAACGCUGCUGCUCUUCGUUGUCCUGCUCAUCAUCGUUGUCUUCAUCACCCGCAAGCGCAGGCAGAGAGGUUAUGAAUACAAUGUGAAGAAAUAUGGAGAGAAGGAUGUAAAUCUUAAAGAAUUUACAGUCGACACAACAGAUCUGACUCAGUACAAAAGUGAAGACAUCAGGCUGGAUUACAAAAACAACAUCCUGAAGGAGAAGGCUGAGCAAGCCAGAAGUUUCCCAGCAAAGAACAUUGAUUUAGACAAAGAUUUCAGGAAGGAAUAUUGUAAAUGAAGACAUUCCCAAGCUGCUGGCUGGACCAGAAGCUUCAAUCAAAGAUAGAUGGAAAAGAGAUGCCUUUCAUAAUACCACGUCCCUCCAGUUACCAUACAUUUUUCAUGUAGAGUUUCUCCCCAGUAAGCAUGAGGGUAUUUGCAAAUGCUUUCUGAAAGAGUUAGGCCAUCUGUCUUGCGUGCAUUUAUGAUGGGUUUGGGUUUACUUUUCUUCUAUUGUUCUCCCAGUCCUCCUUCCCAUUUUCUUUCUGAUAUUAUUGUUGUUUUUAUGCAUCAAUGAUUUUUAUGAGCUGAAUCAGCAGACCUUUUGCUUUGAUGUUACUGCUUUAAAUAAACCAACCUGCAACACCAAUCUUAGCUAUCAUUAUAUCAGGCAUUUUUUUCAUGCAAUGUACUCAUUAGAAAAGUAAUAGCAAAGCCUGAUUGUGAUCUCUCAUAUGCUGGUGUACAUUGAGAGGAAGAGUACUGUCACUUAGCACUUUAUAUAUUCCAAGUACAAAGAAUUGUUUAUUCAGCCCUGCACAAAUAACAAUAUAAAUACCUCAUCAUACAAACAGGGAAAUGUCAACAUCCUCAUUUUACAGGGGAAAGGGAGGCACACAAAUCUAGUUGCCAACAAUAUAGUGUUGGGAUCAGCUCCAAAGAGCUCUGGGAGUCUAAAUUUGUAUUUCUCACUCUAAGCUUGUUUGUUGGUUUGUUUUUGUUUCAGUGCAAACCAAACCAAAUUUGUCAGGAGCAGACACUUUCAGCUGCAGUUGGAGGUACAGUACUGUAAUACCAGUGUCAGUUAGAUCAGAUCCAGAAAUAUUAUGGACAGAGCUAAGCUCCUGUGUGGAAUCUGGAGCAUGAUUUUCCUGCAGUCCUUCAGUGGAUCCUCCCCACACAGUUCUUGUGAGCUCAUCACAGAAAAAGGUAUGAUUACAGCGCAGUUAGACUAACUGUUGAAAAGAAUAAUUUCCAUGAGCCAACCAUGAGGAACAAAACUAACAACACAUUCCACCAAAUAGCCUGUCAGGCACUUUCAUGGAUCAUGGUCUCCAAAAGCAGCAGCCAGGGAGGGAUAUGAGUUUACUCUUGUAGGUUUUGGCAUUGUUCUGGGGAGCAUAAGUGUGAGGCUGUGGGCUGAAGGGGAGCUCCACAUCUAAUUCUACUAUAUCAGGUGGGGGUGUCCAAAAAUUUGGAAGUCAGUAAUUAAGUGUUAUAAUACAAGCAAGGUAAAGUGUCAUGAUAGCCAGAAAAUAUUGACAGCUCCAUGCAGUCUCUCUGACUGGUUGAGAUAUGCUGUGGCACCAUUCCCAAACCAUGACACACCUGUGGUCCUUUUGUGCAUGGAUAAAAAUAAGGUUUCCUGCAGUUGGGAGUGUGAUGGCAACAGCUUGUGUUCUCAUGGAAGCAUGUAGCUGGCCAGGGAUUGCUAGCUUACUCUUUGAGUGUCUGAAGAGGAGGGCAGAGGAAGGGAUUGAUCAUGGGCUAGGUGAUUGAGCUGGAGUAAGGUCUCCAGGAUGUUGUGAGUGGUGGAAGCGUGAAGAGGAGCUUGUGUGGAACUACUGUGAGUGUCAAGAGUGGUUUCAGGCUUGAAGCAGUGCUCUGCUUGCAGCUGCUGCCUCAGUGUGGAUUUCUUCCUGUUGCGGAGAAUCCUGAGAUCUUUGCUGGUGAUAAAGUAGCUGUGGUCCAAGGAAGCAUCUCCAUUUACCACCUAAACAAUUGAGAAUAUCAUCUGCUGCCUACUACAGUGUGUGUCCUGGCAGUUACAGCCACUCUCACCACUUAUCACAUGUCAGUGCUAUGUAAUAGGGGUACAGGUUUGGCCAAAAUGGAAAGUGAUGUGAUGGUUGGGUGAAAGUACCUACUGUAGGCACACGCACUGUAAAGAUCCAGGGCUUUUUUGAGAGCUAUUCAGUACUGUGGGCCUCCCAGACAUGGGAAUCAAGUCUUGUGCAGACCCUGUCUUUCCACUGCUACCAACCUGGAUGUCUGAUUUACUGAUGCACAUGCUACAGCUGAGCAAAUCCUGAUCUUAUGAUUUGCUUAGUUCUCUUGCUGUUCUCCAGGCAAUUUCUGUGAUUUCUGCCUUUCUCUUCACUUCAAGAUACGCUUGUACAAAAGAGUUCAGAGUAGGCAGACUGAAGACUGGUGGUAAGGAGGGGGUGGGGUUGGGCCCAGGUCCUUAUUUGCUUUCCCUUCUCCCAGGGUAUUCAGCCAUUCCUAGGUUGCCUUUGGCAAGAUCUGACUGGAACCCAGGCUGCAUUCCUGCAGGUGUGUAAGGCUGCUCUGGUUAUUCCAUCAGGGUGGCACAGACUCAAAUAAUUGCCAUUAAUUUCUUUCUCCCUCCCUUUCAUGUCUGUGAGUCAAAGGCUGGAGAUCUUUACUUGCCAGUUCAAAUUGCUUAGCACAGCUCAUACAGACAUCAGCUCAAAGUGGUGUUACUCAUAAACUCCAUUUAAAUAUUUUAUUUGACUUCUAGGCUGCAAAAUAUCUUAAGGGGAAAUAAAUGUAUUUGUUCUCUGAAACAAGUGCUAGGAAGAACUUGAUGAGUUCCUUAUCCUUGCUUUGAUCCCAAGUUUGAAUUUGGAUAAUGGUCAGACAAAGCAGUAUAACCUUGACUGAUCAAAAUGGGAGACCAGGUUGAGAUCAUGGCCCUUUUUCAUCAGGAGAGACAUACGUUGUGUGAUUGGGCUGAGGAUCAGAACAGUGGUUUUUAAAAGCAGCCUGCCACAUCCAGUGUGUAAUUUACUAAGUUAAAAUUCUGACUGAAAGAGAACCAGGCAAGAUUGCUGGCUAUCGAUUUGUGUGUUUUCAAACUGUUGAAAGAAACCAGAAAACUGAGCACUAAGCUGAAGAGGUUUUUAUUUUUGUUUCUUAAUCCAGAGAGUUAUCAAGGGCUGUGUGUCCUCCAAUACUGGUGAGAUGCCAUUCAAAUCUUCUGCUUGUUUUGUGGUGGGAACUUGGUAGGUGAGGUUGGACUUGAUGACCCCGAAGGUCUUCUCCAACCUAAAUGAUUGUGAUCUUGCACAUGGACAUUAGGAGAGGAUCUACAAUCUGGAUUUGUAGGUAACCACUAACUCAGGGACAGGACUGUGUUCUGUUCCCACCCUGCCAGAGGCUUGAUGUGAUUUCUAGGCAGGUUGGCUUUCUCUUUCUCCCAUCUCUCAUCUCAGCCUUUCUCUCUGAGAAAUGAUAAAUGAUUUUGUCUGAGUUACUUGAGAUUUAUGGUUUUCUUAUGACUUUAUCUAUCUUGAUAGGAAAACUGCAAUGCAGGUGGGUUUUUUUCCACUGAUGUUCCUGCUUGUCUUGGCUUUGUUACUGUCUGUCUUCUGUAAACUCAUUUAUUAGCAACUAACUACGUUUGUUAAUCACUCUAAGAAUGCUGUAACCUAUAAUAUAUGCUUUCCCUCAUUUUAUCAUUACAUGAUAAUUUGCAGGAGAGAGUACGUGUGUGCAAAUUGUAGGCUUAGAUUAGUGAAGAUGACAUAAUCAUGAUCUUAAUUGGACAUAAAUAGAGAGGAAGGAAAACAAGUACAGAUGAAAGAGUGAAGGACCUGCAUGGAGUCAGGGACUUGUAAAAAGGAGAAGAAAGUGAAAGAGCCCAUUUCAGAGAGUCUGGGGAAAAAAAUUUUUUCUAUAAAAUGAGGUCUUAAUUGAAGAGUAAAAGAGCUUCAUUUGAAUGGAAGCUCCUGCAGCUGUAUAGGCAAACAGUGCCUAUACAGUGUGUUGCAGGUGGGAAAGGUUGGUUGUGACUUCUCCCAGUCUGAUCCUCUGGACUGAGAGCAUCAGUAGCUGGAGCAUGCUUUUUCAGUUUAAUUAUCUUUGAAAUACAUGCAGCUAGUGCGUUUUAAGGCUGUUUCAUAAUGCAAACCAAAGGGUGCUAUGUGGGAACACCAGGAUUUGUUCUCAGACACAGUUCUGAUACGAAGUGCUGCAGCAAAUGAACCCUUUGAGUUCAUUUGGCUGGUACAAAAUGAAGUUCCAAUGCAGUUUUGUAGUUCUCCAACUUGGUGACGUAGAAGCAGGGGAGAAUUGAAGUGAGGAAACUGUCACACAAUGUAAUUUUUGCUUGCCAGAAGAUGCAGAAGGCCACUGGCAUAACAGGCUGGAAAUAGGCCCUUUCUUUUCUGCCCCAUGCAUGCAAUGCUUCCUUUCAAGACUGAGGGGAAGACCUGGUCCGUGCAUCUUGUUUUGUUCUUCAUUGUCGCAGAAUUAAUCUUCAUGAUUAUUGUUACUUAACUUUUACCAUUUGUCCUUGCUGUAUAACUCUCCUGGCAUUUAAGAAAUAAAGGAGAACGUAAUAGAG